AUGAGUAAUUUUAAAAGAAAUGAUAAUUCUAAAAAGGAAGAUCCUAACAAAGCCUAUUUUGGUCAUCCUGAAUUAGAUGCCUUAUUGGGAAAUACACUAUUAAAAGGAUAAAUCAUUUUUAUAGAGUAAGAUUCACCAACAACCAUCUAUAAAUAAUUGUUGAGAUACUGUAUUGGCAAUUCAUUUCAUAAAAAUCAUGUUUCAAUCUUAUUUGACCAAUUCUGUGAAUAAUGGUCAAAAAUAGUGCCUAAAAAAUAAGUUGAGAAUUAAUCUCAAUAAGAAGAAAAAGAAAUGUAAAACAAGAUUGCUUGGAGAUAUAAUUAAAUGUAAUAACAAUUCACAAUUAAGAAUAUUGACUCCUCUAUUUUUUAUUUGGAUUUAUCCAAAUCAGAAACUGAACAGACAGUUGAAAAUCACUUAAAACUCAAUAAUUAUGAUGAAAUAAAUAACUUAUAAUAAUUCUUGCAAAUUAUUACUAAAUAAUAUUAGAAAUCAUUAAAAACAAGUACAGAUUCUACUCUUAAAAAAUUAAUUAUUCAUGAUUUUUGGGACAAGAUACCUUAUAAUCAAUAAGAACUCUAUUAAUUUUUAUAUUCUUUGAAAGUGCUCAUUCGAUCCUCAUUUAUUUUGUGUGUAAUAACUCUUCCAGAAAGAAGAAUGGAUUUGAUGCAAUUUUGUGAUUUUUACAUUACUAUCACAUAACUAUUCGGAAAUAAAGAGUUCUCUGAAUUCCAAGGAAUGAUUAAAUUUGACAAAAUAGGAUGGAGCGGUUCAAAUAAGUAAGUUUAAUUAGAUAAUGAUAAAUGGGGAAUCAAAAUCACAUAAAAGUCUUUGAAAAUAGAGUAAUUAUAUGAAACUGCCAUAGAGGAUGAUUCAGAAGAAGAAUAAAAUAAGAAGAACAAGAUUGAGUAAUUUUGA